AUGUCCACUGCUGAACUUGCUCAAGCUGCUCAACAGGCCCAUACCCUCACUCCCGGGUUCUUGGAGGAUGUUAGGGUGGCCACCUCCACACUUUUGAACUUUUACAACCGUCACAGGGAAGGUCUUCUGGCCCACCAACAGACGGUGGAAGAGGAUGCAUAUGGGAAAGCUGAACGAUUUGUACGUUUGCUCAUCAACAAGAAUAUGUGGUAUAACACAGCCCAGUGGCUCAACCACCCUUGGAUUUUGGCGUACACGGAAAUGGCCCAAGCCGGACCAUCGGUUGAUUGGACCAAAAUGUUCUCGAUCCCACAACCCACCACCCCUACCUUCUUUAUGGAAGGUUAUGCCGGUCCCUCUCCCCCUUUACCUCCAUCUUCGACUGAUUCAUUGCUCCCAGUCACAGUCCCAACUCCCCCAUUGCCGGUACCGACAGCUUCAUCAUCGCUCCCAGCCCCAACAAAACCAACAUGUCGGGCAAAAUCAACCGAUCCUGUGCCAGCGGCUGAAACGAAGUCCAAGAGUAAGACAAAGUCUGGACGAAGGAAACCCAAGGCCAGGUCCAGCGCCCAGCCACAAUCAGAGGUGACUCCUAACGACACCGCUGCCCCAGUCCAAAGCAAAAAAAGAAAAGGGGACUUGAUCGAAGCCAGGCCAAAGAAGACCAGAGUUGUGAGCGCGGAGUUCAUCAACAGCAGCAGUGAUGAGGAAACAUUGAAGCCGAAGUCGGAGUCACUUCAACCAGUUGGUGGGGAAGCAAAGGCGGUUAAACCUAAGUCCCAGCCCCAUUUCUCCCGCAUGACACCCAGUGCCGGCCUCAGUCUCAUCCGAAGGCCCAAGUUAGACCCCGACGCCAGUCCUCCCAAGACCGCCAUGGCUGCUUUAAGGCAAGCCAAAACUGCCAAACGUCUUGCAAAUCAGAAUGCCGCAAUUGCGAAAGGCAAUUAUCAGCUUGCGGAUAUCCCCUGUGAGGCCUGCAGCAAACGCCAAGAUCGAGACAUUGUUCCAUGCGCUAUCCGUUCCCCCCCACAACAAGGAUCCUGCUUCACCUGCAGUAUGGGUAAGACAACCUGCACAUAUGCAGUAACCAAGAAAAAGGACACUGACAGUAAGGUCGAAGACGAGAUCCAAAAGGGGUUGCAGGAUCUUGAAACAGCCACAGUCUCUGGGGGAGAUGCCCAAGUGAAGAUUGUGAGGAAGAAAGCGAGGUCAAAGAAGCCGCAGGUGAAGAAGGUGAAGCCGGAUGUCAAAGAGAAGGGCAAGCAGGAUGUCGAAAUGGCUGCAGUCGGGCAUGAUGCGGAGCAUGCCAUUGACGUGGACAUGGAGGUUGGUCUGACAAUGGGAAAGGGGAAGUCCGAGGGUGGUAUCGACAUAGAGAUGGCCGAAGUCAAACAUGAGGAAACCGAGGUCGGUGCCAUUCCAAAAGCUGACAAAGACGUGGGCCAGGUGACUCCCACCAUAAUCAUUGAGCCACCCACACCACACACAUCGGCAAUUUUCAAGAGCACUGAGACUGAGGUCGGUACCAACACUGACAAAGGAAAGGGCCGGGAGAUUGGGCCGCCAGCCAGUGAGAUGGAGUGGAUUGUGCCCGAGUUAGCAAUGCAGCCGGAAUUGGGCUUGGCUGUCAAUUAUAUCCAACAAAGCUUUACACCCCCACCUGUUGAGCGCACGUCCCGGCCAGAAGGUUCGCGUUCGGUAUCCCGUUCUCGGCAGGUCAGCCCACCAGAUCCCAAGGAGGUUCAUCUUGACACGGCGCUCUAUCAGAAGAAGAUUGACUUUAGGUCCUUGAGCCCCCCACCGAACUUCGACAUGCAGACGAUGCAGCAGGAGAUCAGAAGACUUGCUCAUGGCCAAGCCGACCUCCUGCAGAAACUCCGAGACCAACAAGCGCAAGUCAGCGUCAUGGAGUCGUCUACCCCUACUAUGCGAGAGUAUUCAGCAUUUGUGGUCCGAAAACAAGAUAUUGACGCAAGUGCCCUUCUCCCCCCAGCGGUUGACUCACCCGUGACCCUGUCACAACGUCUUUUGGCACUCGAAGUGAUUACCCGGUGUAUUCAAGAUCAAGAUUUGGCUAGCCGUCCUCUGUCGGAGAAAAUUGCAAGUCUAGAGACCUCCGUUUGGUUUCAGGAAGAAAAAAUCACCGGAGCGACUCGCCGGAUGGACCGUAUUGAAGAGUCUGCCCACAGGCGUUGGAAGGAAACACAAGAAGAUUUGCAGUCCAUCCGAAGUGAUCACCAGAGACUGGAAGCCGAGGUGAGGGAAGCCGUCAAGACACUGGAGAACAAGUGGGAGACUACGCCAGCUGCGUUACAAGAGAGUCUCAGCCGGGGCUUUGAGAAACUUGCAAGCCGCAUCGAAACUGCCGAGCUAACACUCCACGACCUCACCAAAUCAGUCACUACUAUUUCGGAGCUCAACCUGCGGCUCGGUGCUCGCCAAUCAAGUCUGGAAUCGCUCAUUAUCCAGUUCCUUGGCAACAAGGAGAAGAAGCACACUGGCAUCAAUACCGAUUGCUCAGUCUCACCCGACCGCGGUCAGAAAAGCCAGCAGGUACAAGUCUCCCCGACCCCGGGUGUUGUUCUGCCAAACCCAGUUUCAACCGAUCACGCACAAGUCUCUCCAACCCCGGCCGUCUUUCUGCCUCCAGCAUCUGAGAGCCCAGCGGUCCUUCUGUUGGCGCCAAACCCAAUUCCUCCAACCCGGGCAAGUUCGCCCGGUCCUUACAUUGGGGGUAAUAGGAAGUCACCUUGGCUACAGAAACUCGAACCCACACUUCAAACCCCUGCACAGACCGAGUGCGGUUGUUUGAGCCAGACCUGUUCCAACAUGGUGUCAACUGGAUGGGACCAGGUUGGGCUGAUCCACACUGCAUGGGAUUCAAAGCUCUUCAGCAGACCCAUGACACAUGAGCCCAUUCCAUGA